AUGGCUACUCGCAGGACAGUGCCAAGAGGAGGCAAGGCCAGGAUGGUGCUUCGUUCCCAGACCCAGGCAGCCACUGAUGAAGAUGGAGCCUGGGGAACAGUGGAUUCAACUGAGGAAGAAAGAGAGAAGGAUUGGUUGCCUCCUGUACGACCCAAGGGUACGGCAUCCAGGACUGGAGCAGGGCCGCCCAUUAAACCAUUCGAAGCAGGGAUGGCAGAGGUGGUCUGGCAGUUCAUGCAUGCACAGGAGCAGCAAGAGCAACGCUACCUCCAAGCGCUGCAGCCUCUGCAGGAGACCAUGCAGCAAGCAAUCCAACCAGCUUCUUCAUCACUGGGCCUGGAGAGCCCACGAAUGGAGCUGCCCACACCAGCACCCCGGAGAAUUAACCUGUCCCCAAGGGUUUCGCACACUCCAACAGGAAGCCCACAACUGGAGCUUCCUACACCAGCUCCCCGUGGAAGGGCUACUGCACUGAGGGUCCAGAGCACACCGACGCCCACCAGUCAGCCAAUGCUCAGAACCGAGCCCAAGUUGCCAAGCUUCCAGCAAGGGAAAGACAUUGAGAACUAUCUGCAUCGGUUCGAGUGGCUCGCCAGAACCUGGAAGUGGCCGGAGGACGAAUGGAGCUACCAGCUGGUUCCGCUGUUGACCGGGCAAGCACUGGAGGCCUACCUGGCGAUGGAUGAAGACCAAGCAGUGGUCUACAGUGAGCUCAAGAAGGCGCUGUUGGAGAAGUUUAACGUUUCUCCAGAAACCUAUCGUCAGCGGUUUUGUGCGACUAUGACCCCAGUUGCAGAGACAAAAUCAGAGACAUAUAAUCGGCUGAGGCACUUGUACCGCCGUUAG